AUGAGCAUCGCAGUCCCGAGCGAGACGGGGAAACCUUCCCCAUGGCCUCAUCCGGCAUACGCAACAGUGCCCCCAUGUCCGGAAUUGGACGCGGGUGUAUCAAGUGUUGAUCAGAACAAGAGGAAGCUGCUGAUAGCAACGGCGUUAUGUUUCGUAUUCUUUUUGAUUGAGCUUGUGGCUGGAUUAUGGGCAGGCUCUCUCGCCAUCCUCAGCGACAGCUUCCACCUGCUGUCCGACAUUGCUGGAUUUGCCAUCUCACUCACCGCAUUAUACCUAUCACAGCAGCCCGCGACGAAGAGACAUUCUUACGGCUUCUAUCGCGCAGAGAUCAUUGGAGCGAUUCUAUCAACAUUCCUCAUCUGGAUCCUGACUGCAUUCCUGGUAUGGGAGGCCGUUGACCGCGUGCGCAACCCAGUACCUAUCGACGGACCCAUCAUGUUUGCCACGGCGGCCGCUGGAGUGUGCAUCAACAUCAAUGGCCAUGACCACGACCAUGACCAUGAUCACGACCACGACCACGACCAUGACCAUGAGGAUGAGGAGACACCAUUGAACGGCCACAAGGAGGCGCCGAAGAAAGCGGCGAUGAACAUCAACGUACAAUCAGCAGCUAUCCACGUCAUUGGUGAUCUCCUCAGCUCCAUCGGUGUCCUCAUCGCCGCCACCAUCAUCUGGGUCAAGCCGGAAAUGACAGUCGUUGACCCUAUUUGCACAUUCGUGUUCUCACUGUUCGUUCUGGCGACCACCAUUCAGUUGAUGUACAACAGUCUGACGGUUCUGAUGGAAGCUACACCCGAGGACAUUGAUCCCCACGCAGUCGCGACGGAUCUCCGCAACAUCGAUGGAGUGGAGGACAUCCAUGAUUUGCACAUCUGGAACCUGACCCUGGGAAAAACAUCACUCUCAGCCCACCUCCAGAUCAAAACCCACUUCCCAUCAACAAACCAAGAACUCACUCUCGCGCACUACCACGCCAUCCUCGCCAAAGCACAGAACCUCUUAUGUUUCAAAUACGGCAUCCACCACGCAACGGUCCAGCUAGAAGGAGUGGCAUUACAGGACAGUCUGGAUGUCAUCGUGGAAGACUCGGAGCGGUCUUCGUCGUCGGAAGGGGGCGCGGAGGAUGAUGUUGUUGGGGAAGGAUCCGAUCGGGGGGAGGGGAAGCAGCAUGCUGGAUCGGGGACUGUGCCGCGGUUGCAUUGUAACCCGAUGAUGUGUCGGACGAGCGAUUAG